CGCCCACAGAGACCAGGAGAGACCGGGGGAGCUGUGUUCCCCCAAGCUUCCAAGUUCCCAAAAAACCAGCCUCCCCAUUCACCUCGUUCCGAUUUGCGACGAACAGCCCGUUCCCACAAGCCAACCCGAAUCUCUGAAUCGCAAGCCCUAUCCACAUCAGAUUGCCCCGCCUGUUACUUACGCAGUAGAUGUUGAUUUGACCGCCGCCGCACACCAUGUCGCUGAAGUUCGAGCGGGACACCGUCAGGGAGACCGUCAACCAGGCGGCCGCCAACUACGCCACCAACAAGGGCGGCUUCGUCGGGUCUGCUGCCGCCGCCGUCGCCGAGGCUGCCAGCGGGAACCUGCCUGGGACCAGCGGCAAGCAUCCCAUCGCCGAGGUUGUGGGCACCGCCCUCACCGGCGGCAGGCAGAAUGCUGGCACCAAGGGUUACCUCGCUGCCUACCUCCGGCAACUAGAGGACAACCCGCUGCGCACCAAGAUGCUCACGGCCGGCACCCUGGCGGGCACCCAAGAGCUGCUUGCCUCGUGGCUGGCCAAGGACCGCAACAAGCACGGCCACUACUUCACGUCGCGCGUGCCUAAGAUGGCAGCCUACGGCGCCCUCGUCAGCGCGCCCCUGGGCCACUUCCUGAUCUGGGUCCUGCAGAAGAUCUUUAGCGGGCGCACCAGCUUGAGGGCCAAGAUUCUGCAGAUCCUCUUCAGCAACCUCGUCAUCGCCCCCAUCCAGAACGCAGUCUACCUGGUCGCGAUGGCGCUCAUCGCCGGCGCCAAGUCGUUCCACCAGGUGCGGGCGACCGUGCGCGUCGGCUUCUGGAAGGUGAUGCGGGUGAGCUGGAUCACGUCGCCCAUCUGCCUGGCCUUCGCGCAGAAGUUCCUGCCCGAGAACACCUGGGUGCCCUUCUUCAACCUCGUCUCCUUCGUCAUCGGCACCUACAUCAACACCGUCACCAAGAAGAAGCGCCUCUCCGCCCUGCGCAAGAAGCACUUCGGCGAGGGCCGCGCCCCGGGCGGCGGCCCCCGCCCGGAGGACUACCCGCCGCUCGGACCCAACCCCCCGUACUAAGUAAGCGGGGAACGCAAUGUGGCGGUGCAGCGCGGUCCCGGUGUCUGGUUGCUGGAAUGAUUUGGGGGGGAAGGGCACGCGAGUGUGUGCCCCGUGCGGGAAAGUGAAACCGACGAAGGCAGCGGGCUACCUGGCAGACUCUCGUUUCCCCUGCCGGACCAGAGAGGAAAGAAAGGUAUAUAUGAUGUGUGUCAAGCAGGCCUAGCGUUUGAUGUCGGUUCGUGAUGUGCUCAGGGGGGGCUGCGGCUCCUUUUGAGGGGAGUUCUACAUGGGGCGGUUGGAUACCUGUAUAAUGUUCGUUGUCAUGUCCGUUGAUGUCAGAUGUGGAUUUGGAAUAUUGCGUUGAUGUGUAGAUGAUUACAAUUGCUUGGAUACCUUGUGCC